ACUGCCUGCAAGCUGUUCGGCUGCAGUGUAAUUAGAAGUGGGGGGCGGUAGGGGAAGAAAGUGAUAGAGAGGUGGGGGAAAGCCCGCGGAUUUUUUAAAACCUUAAAUUCCCACCGCUGUCUCUCCCCCACACCCUGUUCCCGUACAAUCUGGUCGAAGAUGGCGGCUACGAACGGCGCAGGCGAUAGACCAAGCCUCGGUGCGUCCAAAACGCCGGCGGAGCUGGAUUUCAGGUCGGGAGCUAAGAUCGAGGAUUUGAACAAACUGAUCCAGGAAUUCAGCCGCCAGGACCAGCGGGAAUACGAUGAUCACCGAGCCCUAGAAAUCCACACAGCCAAGGACUUCAUCUUCUCCAUGCUGGGCAUGGUACAGAAACUGGACCAGAAGCUGCCGGUUGCUAAUGAAUACCUCCUGCUGUCUGGCGGUGUGCGUGAAGGCGUGGUGGAUAUGGACCUGGAGGAACUCGGCCAGUACAUCCGGGGCAUGGACUACGACAUGGACUUCACCCUGCUGGUGCCAGCCCUCAAGCUGCACGACCGCAACCAGCCGGUCACCCUCGACAUGCGCCACUCCGCCCUCUGCCACUCCUGGCUCAGCCUGCGGCUCUUCGACGAGGGCACCAUCAGCAAGUGGAGGGACUGCUGUGCCCCGGCGGCAGACCAGGCCGGCAGCGGUGUCAACUUCUACUUCUCACCCACCCGCGUGGCAGACUGGUUCUUCGAGGCCGUCGCCCUGGUGCUGGCCGAGGUCCUGAAGAAGCCCCAACGGGGGACGCCCAAGGUGGAGAGGCUGGAGAAGCACCACACCGUGGUCUCGGUCGUCCUGGCUGUGGGCUCCAGCCGCAUGCUCUACGACAUCAUCCCCGUGGUUUCCUUCAAAGGCUGGCCGGCCGUGGCCCAGAGCUGGCUCACGGAGAACCACUUCUGGGACGGCAAGAUCACCGAGGAGGAGGUGAUCAGCGGCUUCUACCUGGUGCCCUCUGCUUCCAUUCAGGGGCGGAAGGAAAAUGAGUGGAGGCUUUCUUUUGCCCGCAGUGAGGUCCAGUUGAAGAAAUGUAUACCCAGCGGCCUCAUGCAGGCCUACCAAGCAUGCAAGGCUGUAGUAGCAAAGCUGCUGUUUGAGCCCAAAGCCGUCAGUCCCUACCACCUGCGGAGUAUGAUGCUUUGGGCUUGCGACCGCCUCCCGCCGGCGUUCCUCGCCAGGGAAGAUGGGCCGGCCGUCUACCUACUGGGGCUCAUCGAUGACCUCCAGCACUGUCUGGUCAACAGGCUGUGUCCAAACUACUUCAUCCCUCAGUGUAACAUGUUCGAGCACCUGUCUGAGGAGUCGGCCCUCCUCCACGCCUGCCGGCUAUCCUCGGUCCGCUCAGACCCCGCCGGGCAUCUGCGGAUGGCCGCCGAGGGUGCCAAGGAGGCCAACCGGCUGGGGCGCGAGACUGUCCCGCGGAGGGGCAGCAGCUCCGGCACCCCAUCGCCGUCCUCGGACCCCGGCUCCGGCGACGGUCAGCAGUCAGAUGACCGGCUGGCCAAGAAGCUGCAGCAAUUAGUGACAGAGAACCCAGGCAAGUCCAUCUCAGUCUUCAUCAACCCCAACGACGUCACCCGGCCCCACUUCCGCAUAGAUGACAAGUUCUUCUGACGUGGUGUUGAGGAUGGACGGAACUGAAUUCAUGGCCCUCAACAUGGACCAGAAUUGGAGGGGCCAAUGCACAGAUCUGCAUACUGAUACCCCAGAUCAACCAGAGUCCAAGAUGUCUUGGGAAGAUUCCAAUGCACUCUUUGUUUCUUUGGACUGAUUCUAAGGUUGUGUCUUCACUAUUAACUCCCUGUUUAUAGGCAUUUGCCUCAGAGUGUGGCAGUCCCUGUGGCAAAUGAAGGCAACUCUACUCCAUCACUCAACUGACCUGGUGAUUUAAAGAGACCAGAGAUGGUUUUAAAGGCUGCUACUUGGAAUUCCAGAGCAGGGGGCAUUAGACUCUGAAUUCCUUUUGUUUUCUUGGCAUUUGGUUGAAGGUUUUAUGCCAAGGGACUCUGUAAAUCCUGGGAUUGUCUUCUUUUGAAGGUCAUUGCCCAAACUUGUUUGGCUGUUCCAUUGGGAUGACCUUGAGAUGUUCUAAAACCAACAAGUUGGGAACGAGUGGGCUCUACUCAAGAAUGGGAUCCAGACAGCCUUCAUAACAAUGGAGCAGUAAGGGUGUGAGAGAGUAGAAUAAGGUUCCUCAUUGUCCAGUUGCUUCCCUCUGCGAGUGACCAGAUUUGUGGGCAAGCCACUGGAGGAGGGAGGCUGGGCAUGGGUUUGCAUUUGUCUGUUGUUGUGUAUGUGCAGAGUAAGAAUGGCAAAGGAGCAGUAGGUUUGAACAUUUUCACUGAAUCGUGUUAGCCAUGGUACAUUCUGGGCAACUUAGUGUGAGAGCAACAAACUGGGCCUGCCAAGACGAAAACAAGUGGAGCUGAAAGCCCAUGCUAAAAGAUGGCCUCCUGCACGUAGGAGGCCCGGUCAGUUCAACAAGCAAUCAAUUGGCCACGUGUGCGUUUGCCACUUUCUCGCAUUCGAUCCGAUAUGGCUCAGAUGUACCAUCUAAAUCUGAGCAGGGUGGUGGCUCGACCUACAGCAGAGGAUCUGGGUGGUGGUGAGCCAAUUGCCUGUAGAUGAUCAUUGCCUUGCUCCAUCAGCUUUAGCUACCCUGCUUGUAGUCCAGUAUUAUUGCUGAGCUGGUGUCUGUCUAACUGAUCCAGACAGACCUUGUGGAUCAGUGAGGUUUAAAAAAGCCCAUUUUUACAUGUGGAUGGUUUUUAUGUAAAUUUAGAUGGAGAAGUUUAUUCACCCAGUUUCUUGUCCUUGUUCUUAUACCCUUCUUUAACAUUAGUACACAAGGCGUAACAUUAGCCUUCGGCCAUUCAGCCCAUCAUGGCUAAUGUAUUAUCCCUCUCCUACUCAUUCUCCCACCUUCUCCCUGUAACCUUUGAUGCCCUGACUAAUCAAGAACCCACUUUAAAUUACCCAAUGACUUGACCCCCAUAGCCGUCUGUGGCAAUGAAUUCCACAGAUUCACCACCCUCUAGCUAGAGAAAUUCCUCCUCAUCUCUGUUCUAUUCUGAGGCUGUGCCCUCUGCUCUCAGACUCUUCCGCUAUUGGAAACAUCCUCUCCACACGCGCUCUGUGUAGGCCAGGGGUUCGCAACUUUUUUCAAUACCACGGACAAAUACCAUUAAGCAAGGGUAUGGAGAUCCUAGGCUGGGAUCCCCUGAUCUAGGCCUUUCAGUAUUCAAUAGGAUUCAAUGAGAUCUCCCAACCCCAUUCUUCUAAACUCCAGUGAUUACAGGUCCAGAGUCAUCAAACGCUCUCUGAUCCUGGCAGCAUCUUGGUGAGUCACCUCUGUACCAUCUGUAAAGCUUCCACAUCCUUCCUAUUUUGACUUCAGUCCCCUUCCUUUCUACAGUUGAUAGUUAUAGAGCAUUACCAUCAUAGCUUUUGAUGACUCUAUCAAGUCAUCUCUCAUUCCCCUUUGCUCCAGAGAGAAAAGCCCCAGCUUGCUCGACCAUGUGAUUCAAGUGCUCAUUCUUGCUUAUAGGAAAUGCUCUAUUAAUUUGAACAGUGAGAUUGGGCAGUGAGAUAUCUCCAACAGUUUAGUUCUAAGCUUGGGCGGUGCAACAAUUGUCAUUUCACGCAUAAGGUGCUGGUAAAAAUGGGGGAACUGGAGUCCCCCAGCUACCCAUUCCAGCCAUUUUGAGUGGCCAUAUACACUGGAGCAAUGUGGGGUCUCUUCUGGACUAUCUCUGCCAUAACAGGGAGACAUUCAUUUGCAUUAGGGAGAAUACGUCAAGAGGAGUGUCGUCUUUUGUAAAUUUUUCAGGUAUUUCCUUUUCCAAGGGUAAAUGGAACAAUCCAUCAGAAUUUCCAUAAUUAGUUGUCCUCUUGAAUUCAGUUUGUAACUGUGUCCUCCAAGAAACAAAGCCCACCUUUGCAUUUGUAAACCUGCUGUGAGUGGAGCACCACACUGUGGAUUGAAAAUUAACACAGGCAGUUGAUGAUCAGUAAUGAGGGUAAACUCACUCCCUUACAGGUACUGGUUGAAACAUUUUACACCCCAAACCAGACUCAAGGCCCCUCUGUCAAUUCGUGUGUAAUUUUUCUCUGCAGCAGUAAGGGAAGGUGAUGCAAAGGCUAUGAGUCAUUCACUUCCAUCACUCAUAUUAUGUGACAUGACUGCAUAAGGCAAGGCAUCACAGGCCAGCUUCACUGGGUGAUGUGGAUCAUUAUGUGUCAGUGCAACAUCUGACGUCACCAAUUCCUUUGUCUUUUUUAAAACCAUAUCACACUGCUUUGUCCAUUGCCAUUUCUUUCUGAUCUGUAGUAAUGAGUUCAAGGAGUGGAGCGCAGCAGUAAGUUUUGGUAGGAACCUGUCAUAGUAAUUGACAAAUCCUAAAAACGGCUGCCACUGUGAAAUGUCGUUUGGCCUUGGGGCAUCUACCGCUGCUUGAAUUUUCUCACACACUUGUGUAAUUUUUGUGUGUCAAUGGCGUGACCACAGUAAGUGAUGCUUUGUUUGAAGGAUUCACACUUGUUGCAUUGUGCUCUGAGCCCAUAAUCUAAUCAUCUUUUUAACACUGUCUUGAGAUUUUGAAGAUGUUCCUUGUCAUCCUUACUGGCAACAAUGAUGUUGUCCAGGUAACACUGAGUGCCUGGCCAGCUUUGCAGUACAUGGUCAAUAGCUAACUGCCAGAGUACAGCUAGAGAGGCUACUCCAAAGAUAAGCCUAUUAUAGCGAUGAAGCCCUAUGUGAGUGUUUAUGGUGAAACACUCACCAUAAGAAGAGUAUGUUGGGCUCUUCUUCCAUCUUCAUCUGUGGGUAAGCCUCAGCUAGGUCGAUUUUGUUGAAGUCUUUCCCUCCAGAAAGUUUUGCAAAGGUAUCCUCUAUAUCUGGGCAGAGGGUAUUGAUGUGCUAGGUUGAUGUUAACCUGACAGACCCAUUAUUCUGGGCUACUGGGAUCACUGGCAUUGCCUGUGGGCUUCUCUCAACCUUGGAAAGAAUUCCUUCAGCCUCCAUCUGAUCCAGCUCACGGGCUACUCUAUCACAGAUGGUAUAAGGAACCAGAUGACCUUUGUGAAACUCGGGUGUGGCAUUUUCAUUUAGCACUGUUUUGCACUUGAUAUAUUUGGGUUUUUCAAUGCUAUUGCUGAACUUGGCUGUGGCAUCAUCCAGUCCCUUUCUUAAUUCAUUUUCAGUUGACUCCAUUGCAGAGGAUGUGGCAUGAAAAUGGUGGAUGGAUCUCCAAUCAAGUGGUAGUUGUUGGAGCCGAUCCCAGCCCCACAGUGCUGGCCUUCCUGUUUCUACCACAUACAAGCCCAGUUUGGCUUGUUGGUUGUGUAUGUCACUGUUACAAAUGUCAUUCCCACAGGAGUUAUCUUUUCUCCAGUGUAAAUUGGAUAUUUACGGGCUUCAGUAUCUUUGAAAUACCAUUCAAGCUCAUUUUGUGCAAUAAUUGAAACAACAGAGCCAGUGUUCAAUUCCAUUUUAAUUAAUUUGCCAUUCACUACUGGUGUAAGCCAUAUUGCUUGUCUCCUGUUAGUUUUCACAUUGUAAAUCUCAAGGGUACCCAGUCCUGUGUCAUUCUCACCCCAUCAGAUUUUUCUGCAACAGUGUGCAGAUUAGUUCUCUUUUUGAAACUGCAACUUGACAUUGUACCCUUUUCUCUCCUCUGUGCAGUGUUUCUAUUUUUGUAUGUCCCCUACUUUGUUGCAUUUUCUAUAAGUUUUGCCUUUAAAGCUGCAUUGUUCUGGUGUAACACACACAAAGUGGACUGAUGAAGGGUUUCGGCCUGAAAUGUUGACUGUGCGUUUUUCCACAGAUACUGCCUGCUGAGUUCCUCCAGCAUUUUGGGUGUGUUGUUUGGAUUUCCAGCAUCUUCAGAUUUCUCUUGUUUUUGAUCGUUCUGGUGUAUGUGAGCCCUGCCACGAUGGUGGCACAGUUUGUUCAGUCAGGCAGGUUUCCAUUUAGACCAGUGUUUCCCGACCUUUUUUUUUAGCCCGACGUCCCCCAAAGCACUUUCAUAGUGUUAGUCAUAGUCAUACUUUAUUGAUCCUGGGGGAAAUUGGUUUUUGUUACAGUUGCACUGUAAAUAAUUAAAUAGUAAUAAAACCAUAAAUAAUUAAAUAAUAAUAUGCAAAUUAUGCCAGGAAAUAAGUCCAGGACCAGCCUAUCGGCUCGGGGUGUCUGACCUUCCAAGGGAGGAGUUGUAAAGUUUGAUGGCCACAGGCAGGAAUGACUUCCUAUGACACUCUGUGUUGCAUCUCAGUGGAAUGAGUCUCUGGCUGAAUGUACUCCUGUGCCCAACCAGUACAUUAUGUAGUGGAUGGGAGACAUUGUCCAAGAUGGCAUGCAACUUGACAGCAUCCUCUUUUCAGACACCACCGUCAGAGAGUCCAGUUCCAUCCCCACAACAUCACUGGCCUUACGAAUGAGUUUGUUGAUUCUGUUGGUGUCUCUACCCUCAGGCUGCUGCCCCAGCACACAACAGCAAACAUGAUCGUACUGGCCACCACAGACUAGUAGAACAUCCUCAGCAUCGUCCGACAGAUGUUUCAUACUUGCCAAUGCCCCCUGUUGGUGUAGGCACAAUAUACUUUCAGGCGCCCCCAUACAGAAUUGGAAUUUCCUUAUUCAUAAAUGCCACUUAACCAGCACGGCAAUCUGUCAUUAUACGGUGCACCAUCUGUUGCACAAGAAAUCAUGUCCCUAAUCGGAAUACUUUUAUCCUCAAUAUACAUUUUGAGCUCGUUGUAGAUUGAUUCUCUGUUGAUAUUUGUUUAUGAGAAUCACUUCAUAAACUUGUCCAUUUUUGAUAAACCAUACAUAUACCAUUAGCAAUGCCUCAUUGUCUUGCACGGUUGUAUCCCAAAUUCUGUUUUUUGUAGAUCUGUGCAUAGUUGAUACUCAAUGUCUUCACUCAUUUCAUCAAUACAACAAUCUAAAGAGUUGUUAUUCCGAGGAAUUGAUUUUAAAAUACUGGUAUCCAUUUUGAGAACAGUGGUGAGCACUUCUGAUACAGCAGGCAUUAUUAAUCUUUCACCAAUUUUAUGAGAUUUUCCACACUUUGCUAUCAUUUUGGAAAUGUUAUAGGAAGCAAUGAGACCACUAUCAAGGGCAUUUUUAGCUUUCUUGGCAAAUGACUCGAGUGUGCAACACUUUUCAAAUGCGUCUUUCAUCUUCUGGAAUUGAGUAAUAUCACAAGUAGUCUUUUUAGGGUGUCUUUUAUGGAAGCGUUCCUGCAAUCUUGAUUUCUUUAUUAGACAGUACAAUAUUACAAAUGAGCCACAUGGGGCAUCACUGAUCUGACAGGAAUGAAAUAAAACCAUACUCCAGGUACGUAACAUUGUAUUAACACACUCUCUGUUGCUUCUGUUUCUUAGCAGGGUUAGAAUUCAAGGCUUCACCACCUUCA